UGACGUUGAUGACUAGUUGUCCCAAAGCUGCUUAUGUAAUGCGCGUCGUGCUGUGAUGGAAGUUCAAUUAUAACCAAAGUCCAACGAAAGCUAUAGGAAACCAUGGCUGUUGAUUUGGAAGAAGGUGCUGAAGCCCUUGAAUAUGUGGGAAAUUUUGAAACAGACUAUCAUGAUGCCUGCCGUCGUAACGGUGCAAAGCCGUUUAACAUCCUCAAAAUACGGCACCCACUGCCACCGCUUCCAAUUGCUAUGACACCUCGCCCACUUUCCGGUGCAAGUGGCCAAGAUAAGCUCUCCGAUGGACAGUCACAACCCGCCGCUAUAGAAGGGGAUGUAUCAGGAGACGGCGUAUUGACGAGACCUCUCCCAGAUCGAACGGAAGAAACCAUGACGGCAGGGAAAGCUGAGGAAGGAAAGCUUUCAGAGUUUAAAAUCAUGACCUAUAACUCGCGUUACCGUUUUACGCCGACCAUCGUGUUAGAAACAAUAGAUGGAGACGAUGACGACGAGCCCCAGAAGUUAGAAGUGCGAGGGUGGAAGCUCCCAUAUGGGAUUAUCGAAGUUUUGAGCGGAGUGAUACCUGCAUGCGGUACCAUAACAAACCUAAUACUUUGGAACUGCGGAUUAGACGAGACACAUUUCUCCUUGCUGCUUACGACGGUGCUCUCAGCAAAUAUCCGUGUUCUCUCAUUAGAUCGAAACCCGCUCAUACCGGAGCACCUCUGGCCCUAUCUCAUCACCGAAGAGUCAUCCGUUCGAUCGUUGUCUUUGCGUUCUAAUAAUAUCGGAGACGCAGGACUGAAGGGACUAGCCGAGCAGCUUAAAUCCAAUCGAGUGUUAGUGUCGCUAAACUUGUGGAACAACAAAAUCACAAAAGAAGGCGCAGAAAACCUUGCAGAGGCAUUGAAGCUCAAUCAAAGCUUGACAUCUUUAUCCCUGGGUCUGAACAAUAUUGGGGAUGAAGGCGCGGUUGCGCUCGCGAAGGUUCUGGCGAACUCCCCGUUGCUGCAUGAUGAGCUGCUGGCCUCAAGACGAAAAGCGAUGGCUGAAAUGGACAAGCAGCGAAAAGAUCAAGAGGAGGAUCCUAUCGUCAAAAAAGCAAAAGGACGCAUGCCGACCGCAGCUACCGGACGGAACAAUUCCGCAAAAGUCAAAAGCGAAGAGAGCAUCAUAGCAGGAGGAAUUAAAAAAGAGUCCAUUGCGGAUCUCAAAGCUAAACGCCCGAUCAAAGGUGGUAAGAAGGAGGAAGGAGGCUCCGCGGGUGGAAGUAAAGGCACUGCUACCCAGCCGAACAUCGGCAAGCAAAAAUCAACCACCGAGGUGGGGGUGGCAGCCCAGCCUCCGGGCCCCAAGAAAGCUGCGACAGCUGGUGCUGUUGUAGUCGAAGAAAAGGGUGCAGCAAGCAAAGGGAAAGAGAAAAAGGGCGCCGUCGCAGCCAAAUCUGGCAAGAAAUCCAAAGCAGAGGAAACCAAGGAAGAAGUCGAAGAGGCGCCAGACUCGAACCCAACAGUCGAACCUAUGUUUGAACACAACGGUCAAUGGUUUGUGCUCGGAAACCGUACCCUAAACAAUUUGAAUCUUUUCCGGAACAAUAUACGCGAAGAGGGACUUAAAGCCUUCCUUGACGCUGUGACGGAUCAGGAAAUAACGACGGAAAAUACACCGGACGCACCUAUCGGACUUUUCCGACUCACGUUGCAAGACAAUGCUUUCGAUGUCGAUGACCCAGCUUACAGGCAGUUAACAUCUAUUCUAAACAGCAGGAAUCCAUAUUAUGAGAGCGCGGAGGGGGAAGGUGGUGUUAGGAUAGCGCAGGAAGGAAAUGACAGCGAUAAGGGCGAAAGCACGAGCGACGCAGGGACGUAAUGUGAACGCAGGAUAGUGCCAUUGCUCUGAACAGUUGAAAUGUUCACCGGAGGGAUUUGCACUGGACGUAAAUCCCGGUCUAUUGCAUGUGUCGCACUAAAAUCUGUCGCACAAGAUCCUUAACAUCUGACUUCUGAGCUAGCCCAUCUGGUGAUCGUAGCGG